CGAGAUUUUCGGCGGAUGUUGAUAUUUUGAUCCGGAUUUCUGUACAGUCGUUUCUCACCGAGGCCGUACGAUCUGCGUUAUUGCAUAUAUUUGAGUAACGUGUGCGAAACGCGGUCUUUCUCGGCGCUUCUUUCGGGAAGCAAAGAGGCCGAGGCGGAGGGCGAUGAUGGAGGACUUUGAUGAGAUAUACGAGGAGGAGGAAGAGGAAGAAGAGGACGAGGACAGGGCCGCGGAAGAGCAGCUGCUCAAAUACGCUCCGGACCCGGUGGUAGUGCGCGGAUCCGGGCACGUCACUGUGUUUGGACUGAGCAAUAAAUUUGAGUCUGAGUUUCCCUCAGCCCUUACGGGAAAGGUUGCACCGGAGGAGUUCAAAGCCAGCAUAAACCGCGUGAACGGCUGUCUGAGGAAGGCUCUCCCGGUGAAUGUGCGCUGGCUGCUGUGCGGCUGUCUCUGCUGUUGCUGUACUCUGGGCUUUAGUCUGUGGCCGGUCAUCUGUCUUAGCAAAAGGACACGCAGAUCCAUAGAGAAGCUAUUGGAGUGGGAAAACUGCAGAUUGUAUCACAAGCUGUGUUUGCAUUGGAGGCUCAGCAAAAGGAAGUGUGAAACCAACAACAUGAUGGAAUAUGUCAUCCAAAUAGAGUUCCUUCCCAAGAUUCCCAUCUUCCGGCCGGAUUAGCAGUGGCGGGCCAUAGCUCAUCCCUCCGGCGUGGUCUUCCUGAGGUGCCUUUCUCCGGUACUGUCAUGGUUUUAUCAUGUGGCCUCGUCUCUUUUCCCUCCACACUCUGAGCAAGAGACUCGCCUCACGUCCGAGCGCCACUCACAGCACUCCUCACUGAGAAAGCACUGUUUACAACCCACAAACACACAUACCGAGGCACACGUCUGUGCCAUUUUGGUUUCGCGAGUGCAUGAAUACACACUGAGGGACCUUUACUGUCACAUGACUACACGGAGCCUGCGAGGAGGCCACGGAAAGUAACUUCUGAAACUGGAAACGUCUACUAUACCAUAAUCACAUCACACUAACUAAGCGACUUCCUGUUGCCGACAACAUCACUGUGGAGCGAAUCAGUGAAGAAUGGCUUGAGGAAGUGGCGGCUGUAGAAUUAAACCUUUCCUGUUAAUUAAAUAAAAAGAUGGAUGGUAGGAACGAUUAAUACGGAUUUUCAGUUAGCUGAAAGCCAAAUGGAUACGGUCAAUGCACAAUACAUAGUUCUCCAUCUCUCCUUAUCACAAAUCAUCAUCUAUAUACAAAGACAAUCAAACACUGACUGUGCCACGCACCAUCUAGACUCUGACGGGACUUUUGAGUCUAGUGGAAGUCAUGGAUCUGAUGCGGUCCAAGUUCACCAAUGGGUAGUGACGCAGCACAGAUUAGAUUUCUUUUGCUGGGUUUUUUUUGGAGCAUUUUUUAUCUUUGUUUACUUGCUCAGUUUAAAAAGACGAGCAGCAAAUGUUUGUCUCUUGAUUUGUGUGUGGAGGUGAUUGUUUCUGUCUGUCCCUGAGAUAUUUUGUUCACAAGUGAGACAAAUCAAAACAUUUAUAGGUUUGUUGGGUCAUUGGAAAAGUUCAACAAUUCAUUUUAACUAAUUACUGGGAGUCAAACUAAAUGAUAAUAAAAUAAAAUAUGAACCCACAAAUAUAGGAUUUUCUCCAGGGCAGAAAGACUUUAUUUCUACUUUUUUUUUAAUUUAAUCUUUUUCACUUCAUUUUUUUCAUCUUUGUUUCAAUCCUGGGUCAGGUGUGAAGACUAAGCAAGUCCUAUGCAGGCAUUUUCUCUUAGUGAACUAUACUUGUGUAAAUGUAUCCAAUUGUAGGUUAAUAAAACCGUUAUGUCCCAAUACUCAAUAAGACAAUUGGUCCUAUUAGGUCUCAAAACCUGAAAUUUAUGAAGUGUGUGUGUGAAUACUGAAUAUUAUUACUGAAAUUACAAUGGCCCUAUCUCUUGUCUGAUGUCAUCCUAAAUCCCAGGGACAUCGUCUUUAUUUUUCAAAAAAUAUUUCAGUGUAUUUAUGUACAAUGUGUACAGAAAUAAAACAUGCCCAACUUGA